GCAUCGCUGGGAAGCCAGGCCCUUCCGGAUUGCCAGGGAUGCCCGGACGCAGCGUGGGCGUCGGCUACACCUUGGUGAAGCACAGCCAGUCGGAACAGAUCCCGCCAUGCCCGGUGGGCAUGAACAAGCUCUGGGAAGGCUACAGCCUGUUGUAUGUGGAGGGCCAAGAGAAGGCCCACAACCAGGACCUUGGUUUUGCCGGCUCCUGCCUGCCCCGCUUCAGCACCAUGCCUUUCAUUUACUGCAACAUCAACGAAGUCUGCUACUAUGCCAGCCGCAACGACAAAUCGUACUGGCUCUCCACCACCGCCCCCAUCCCCAUGAUGCCGGUCAGCAGCUUCCAGAUCCCCCAGUACAUCAGCCGCUGCUCGGUGUGUGAAGCUCCUUCCCAGGCGGUGGCCGUUCACAGCCAGGACAUCAACAUCCCCCAGUGCCCAGAGGGCUGGCGCAGCCUCUGGAUUGGAUAUUCCUUCCUGAUGCACACGGCAGCUGGAGGGGAAGGUGGCGGCCAGUCGCUCGUUUCCCCCGGAUCUUGCCUGGAAGAUUUCCGUGCCACUCCUUUCAUCGAAUGCAACGGCGCCCGAGGAACCUGCCACUAUUUCGCAAACAAGUACAGCUUUUGGCUGACCACAGUGGAACAGACCCAGCAGUUUGUCGAACCCCCCCUCUCGGAAACCCUGAAAGCGGGACAUCUCCGGACACGGGUGGGCCGGUGCCAGGUGUGCAUGAAGAACUUGUAGCCAAAGCUCCAAGCGGCAGAUGCUGAGGAAGAAGCUCGCGUUCCCACUCGGCCAGAGAUCAAGGAACACGCAGACCUCUUCCAGCUGCAGGACUGACCCUGAGGGACCCCUCAAAGCCAGGUCUACCCACAGCUGUGGCAGAGGGACCUCGCCCUCUAGGACUUAUGUCUACAUCACAAAACAUGGUGCUACGUUACUUUCUUCCUGGCUACCUCAACACGUUUUUCUUUUCCUUCCCGGUAGCUGCAUCUGACUCUUCUGUCUCAGUGAAAUGCCGAACAGGGUUGAAUAGGAUUUCAGGUGGACCCUGAGAGAAAGUUCUCUCCAGGCUGUGGCUGUUAGGCAGUGCUUCAUAUGGUACAAAGUGAAACCUGAAGAGAAUUGCACAAAAACGAUUAGGCCAAAAGAAAAAAAGUUCUUGUAGCUUUCCUGUGUACACACAACCUCACCUAGUUUGGGCCUGAAGGAACCAGCACUGAAAAAUUCCACACUUGCGUCAGACCGAACGUCCGUUCAUCUUGUCCAGGAUCUGUUUUCCCACAGUGGCCGUCCAGAUGCCUUUGGGAAGCCCACAGUCGGGGCAUAAAGAGGAAAUAGCCCUUCUCUGCUGUUGCCCAACCAGGAACAGGUAUUUAGUACCUGACGAAAGGAGCUUUGACUCUUGAAAAUUCAUACCCCAGAAAUCUUCUUCGUCUCCAAGGUGCUACUGGACUCAGAUUGCGCUCUGGUAUUCAGUUGCACACUGUCUCUGAAUCUGGAGCUUUCACUUAGUGGUUGCAACUAAGAGCCAUCAUAAGAUCUACCCUGUGUGCAUUUGUCCGGUGUCCUUGGGAAGUCAUCGGAGGGGAGAACUGGAUGAGACACGGGGAGUUCCAGGGUUUUUCCUGUACAAAUCAGCAAAGCGAGGGCCCUGUUUGGACUUUGGGGAGGGGCCUUCCACUCUUGUGCCAUUUUCCUGACUUCACAUAGCCCCAUGGAGCUUGGUUUUGCACCAUUGGAGCAAACAUACAGGUUCUGGAUGUUAGCCUGAUAGGGGAAAUAGUGGCUGUCUGACCCCCAAUCGAGAAUGUUUCCUACAUGCUUAAUCACGUGGCUUGGGCAGUCCUCUGUUCUGGCUCACUUUCUUGCGCGAGCUGAUUGGUAUGUGCAAAGUCCUCUGCUGUUGGGUUUGUUUGAUCUAUAGCCUAACUUGGCUCACUUUCUUGGAUUGUCUGCUAAAGUCUCUGUGACGGAGGUUAAUCUCAACCUGAGUGUUUCCUAUAUGCUUUGUAGAGUAUAUUCUACACGCCACAUUCCUGAAUAAUAUGCCGCAUCUAUGUGCUGCAUACGUGGCUCGAUGCUUAUAUCUGAAACUGCACCCGUCUGCUUCACAUAAUUCGCUCUGCUGUCACCUUGUGCUUGUCAUGUGGUUGUAGUCUGGGUGGUGAUAGGUUGAUAUAUGUUGGGUUAACGGAAUUGGAAGGGGCCCAAAGGCCAUCCAGUCUGACCCCCUGCGCCAUGUGGGACGACUUGAAGCAUCCCUGACGAAUAAUCAUCCAACCUCUUCUUGUACACCUCCAAAGAGGGAGAACCCACAAAAUCCCCAGACAACAGAUUCCACCCCUGAACUGCCUUUAUGGUUAAACAGUUUUUCCUAAUAUCCCCUCGAUAUCUCCCCACCUGUAAUUUAAACCCAUUAUUAUGAGCCCUGUCCUCCACUACCAACAGCUCCCUACCCUCCUCGAAAUGACAGCCCUUCAAGUACUUAAAGAAAGUA